GCGCGCCUGGCGCGUUCUCGCACUUCGCGCUCACAGUGAGAGGCGUGCAGUCAGACCUGAGAGCGGGACGCCGGUUUAUUUACGGCGGAGUGCAAGGAGUCACACGCGGGAGACUUUCCGGUGUAUGACCGCCAUUCGCCGCAGGACGAGCGAGCCAGCCGCACAGCUGCAUGCUGGAGGCCACACCCCACCAUGGAGCCCUCGCCUCAUCUGGCCUGGGUCCUGCUCCUGAGUCUCAUCGCUGAUUGGUCAGAAAAGGGCCAGUCGCGGGACUUCACAGUCAACGACAUUGUCUACCUCCAUCCUUCCACGACACCAUUCCCCGGAGGCUUCAAGUGCUUCACGUGUGAGGAUGCGGCAGACAACUACAGCUGCAACCGCUGGGCGCGGGACGUGUACUGUCCCCGAGAGACACGAUACUGCUACACUCAUCACAGGAUGGACGCGCGAGGGGACAGCGUGUCUGUGACCAAGCGCUGUGUGGCCCUGGAGGACUGUCUCUCUGCAGGGUGCAGGGACAUUAACCAUGAAGGACACAAGGUCUGCACCGCCUGCUGUGAGGGCAACAUCUGCAACCUGCCCCUGCCGAGGAACGAGACGGACGCCAUCUUCAGUACGCUCUCCCCACUGAGCGCCGGCUCGCGGGUCACGCCGCGGCUCAGCUCUGUCACCUGCUCCCUGGUCAUCUCCAGCGUGCUCACUGCCCUGGACCUCAGCCACGUAUAAGCUCACCAGGGGCUGAUCCGCUUGUCGUGUCUCUGUGCUGGGGAGAGAUGAUACUCUGUGUAUCUAUGCCCGCUGGGGGUGGGUGACCAUGGCGAAGCUGCCGAUUGGUUACCCUGGGAGUUGUGCUGUGUGUUCCGUGCUGCUGACAGCGAUGGGCAGGGACACAACACAGCUUGGUGUCGCACACCCGAAAGCACUCAGCCCCCUCAUCAGAAAGGGUGCUGCCUUGUGCAGGUUCUCCAGCUUCCAGGAGAACCACAGCUAUACGUCAAGUGCUGCCUCUCCUUACCAGUGAGUCGUUCUGAUGAAAUAUCUCUCCAUUCACGUGAAGAGCUAAUCCUACAGGAGUGCACACUGUAGGGCUACUUUCGGGAUUCAGUGAUUUCUCUGUACAUCUAUGUAUAUGUGUAAAUAUGAAAUUAUAUUUAAUUUUGUACAAAAAUGUGAUGCUGGAAUAUUAAAUAUGAUUUGAGAUCAGUGUAUUUUACAUCUAGGUGUUUACAUUACAUUCAUAUAACUUGCAUUUUUGUCCAAAGCAAUGCAUUAGUGUGGAAAACUUCAUGUCAGGGUGGGGUCAUCCAGUGUUCCUGGAGCACUUGGGGUAUGAUUGCCAUGGGAUUUAAACCCACAACCUUCUGAUCACAGGUUUAUACCCCUGGCAUUGGGUGUGUGUUUUGUGUGUGUUUUCUUUACCAGGUGGGAUAGAAUUCAGCAUCCAGCUCUGUGCCAAAUGUGAAAAGUACAGCAUAGGAAAAUCCCCAUCUCUAUGAAACACCAGCUUUCCUCACAGUUCAUACAUUAAAUCCCACGGACCAAACUGUGAAAGCGGAGCUGUAUAGACUGCGGGUAUAAACACUGUCGGCUGACAUCUUAUAAUCUGUACAUACGUGUAUGUGUCUUUGAGGUAAUAUUCAUGUAUGUCAUCCUGUAAACGGUGAAUGUGGUUUGGAACUGAACAAAUGAACAGCUGAUAAUUAAAAAAGUAAGCCUUUACUGUA